CGAGCAGCGAACCACGCCGCCUAAACGCAUCCACGCAGAGAGGGUUUGUUUUGCUUGCCAGGCCUGUGCCGCCAGGCCUUUGCCUUCACCUGCAUUUGCACCAGAUCCUUCACUCAACCAUUCCGUGGUCAGUGUAAAUCAGUGUUUGCCGUGCUCAAUCUACAAUCAAACAAGGUGCUUGGCCGUUGUUUGCCGAAAAGAAAGAAAGAACGGGGGAAAAAAAAAACGGCGACACAGGCGAGCAAACCCUCACAAGCUUCGAAAUCUCGGCCCGAUGGCUGUCAGUGCCAGUGCCGCUGUCACUGCUGGUGUCGCCAGCGCUGGGGCGUUGGGUGUUUUUUGAAAAGCGAAACGGUAGGUGCUGGCGGCGGACGAAGGUCUCCACGGCCACCGACUCUCGCGGGCCCCGCAUACGAAACAGCAGCUGAAGGGCUACAGGUAGUGAGUGCACUGUUUGCCGUGCGCAUUCUCCCCUACACCCGUGUUUGUGUGUGUGUGCCGUGUGUGGCUGCCCCCCCCCCCCACCGUGUGUGUGUGUGUGUGUGUGCAAGCGCGGAAUAGUUGCCCGUUUUCGCUCGUUUGGUCUCGUUAAGGGCGGCUCUGUUGUGUGUUGUGGCCUCCCGCUUUGUGGCGCGUUGUCUGUUGUUCUCGGGCCAAGAGCGAAAGUUGCAGCGCCCCAAGCGUCUCCGGAGCGAUUCGUGAAGACCCCUCCCCCCUCCCUCAUCCCCCUCUCCCAGUGUGCGUGUGUGGCCAGGUUUGGCUUUUCUUAACCCGCUCCCCCAUCCACCCCAUCCCUCGAUCGGGAAUUGUUAUCUCUAAUUCCGCAACGAAAAACCCCACCCCAGCCCCGGAAACAUGUGUGAUUUGUGUUUGGUGGUUCGGUAGAGCGCGCGCGCGUGUGUGUGUGUGCACGCUUCCACUUUCUUCCUCUCAACCUGUUCAAUCGCAUCCCGCCCGUUAGUGGGGGCUUUCCGCCCAUAAUUGAAACCUCCCACCACCCCGUGACAAAAGGGUGUGGGGGGGUGGUCGGAACGGAUCACAAGUGACCGCGAGCGCCCGCACGCGCGACAGCGUGUGUGUGUGUGUGUGUGUGAGGGAGAGAGUGUGGAGGGAAGAAACAGAGAAGGCGGGCAGAGAGAAGCAAAGCGAGCGGUAAUCAUUUGUUGCUUCAACACUACAAUCAACCACCUACCCCGUGUGGCACCGCAACGCAAAACGACAAGGUCUCCGUCGUUCGCGCUCUCUCUCUCUCCUCUGUCUCUCGCACUGCAUUACCGCCGAGGACUUGUCUUGUCCCCUUUACUUCCUUCCCUCCUUGCCGAGGAAGGUGUUUCGAUGAAGAGCAAAACAUUAGCGCCACACAAACGUCCCGCCGCCAUCGACCAACCCAAUCAGCCGACGGUUCGAGCAGCAGCAGCAGCAGCAGCUGUAGCAGGAGGACGAGGAGGAGCAGGGGUAGGAGCGGCAGCCCGGUGCGACCGCACGCAGCCGUGGCCACUGGUUGGUGUGGCGCCGCACGGGAGCCACAAGACGGAUUUUUUGAGCGUAUUAUCGAUUAAAAGCUACAUCCAGCACUGAACGAGUCACAUUCAAACUCACCCCCUCCCUUGCCCUGCGCUGCUGCUUAUCUGUUGCAUCAUGAUAGCGGAAUUGGGUCCGGACCAACGCGGGCGAAACACACUGCUCCAGCAGCGACACCAGCAGCGACCAACGUGGACCAUAUCCUGCGACCCGGUGGCACUGUAGAGGAGCCGUGCCGUGAUCCGGAGAUAAAGCAGCAAAGACGACACAAAAACGAAUUCCCAACAUCGGUCGAUCAGCCUUGAGCGCCGCUCCAUUCAAACAUUACCAAAAGGAUAAAGCUUCGCCACACCAACGAUCAGCCAUAAUGUCGGAUACGGCCUCCAACUAUCGUACGUCGACCUCGUUCACGACCAUGCCCCCGGUGCUGACGGAAAGCCAGAAGGGCUCGGUGGAGGACAUCCAGAUCUCGCUCGCGCCGUACAUCCAGUCCUAUCUGAGCCAAACCGGGCGGCGCCACUCGUGCUGCAGCGUGAUGCUGCCGGUCGCGUUCGAGCGGGCCGCCCCCCGGUCCUGGUGCGAUCCGCGCUUCGACUCGCCGGUGCUCGAGGGCCAGUACCAGGCGAGCGUGUUUCCGCAGCUGCGCCUCAAGUUUCGCUUCGCGCUCUUCUACAUCCUUCUCUGCUCGCUCGUGUGGCUGCUCUACUUCCUGUUGGACGGGGGCCCGACCAGCUUCACCCUGCUGACCGUGUCGAUCGGGCUGAUCUUUCUGUUCGCCCUCGCCGGCCUGUGGGUGACGCGCACCGACCUGUACCGGGCCCACACGCACCUGCUCUCCUCCUGCUGCGCCGUGCUGCUCUGCCUGUUUUCCCUCUGCCUGCUGCUGCUGACGCGCGAAGCGCUCAGCCCGCUCGGCCACUUUUCCAUCUGCAUCGAGAUCGUGAUGCUGAUCUACACCAUCAUCCCGCUGCCGCUGUGGCUCUGCUGCACCAUCACCAUGGCGUACUCGGUCUGCUUCGAGGUGCUCUCGUUUCUGCACCAGACGCACUACGACUACAACUCGCGGCCGGGCGGCCAGCCGACCGUGUCGCCGCUCGCCGCCGGCAUCACCACCGCCGCCCGGCUGCUCGCCGAGGAGGUGGCGAUCGCCGGGUCCGACCAGCAGCAGCAGCACCACCACCAACACCACCAACACCACCACCAGACGGGCGACUCGUUCGUGUACAAGAUCGUGCUGAUCCGGGUGCUGAUCCAGCUGUGCGUGCACCUGAUCGGCAUCCAGAUACUGAUCAUGACGGUGGUGCGGAUGCGCGGCACGUUCAUGAAGGUCGGCCAGAACCUGCUCGUCCGCCGGCAGCUCGAGAUGGAGAAGCAGCUGAAGGAGAAGAUGAUCCACUCGAUGAUGCCGCCGAAGGUGGCCGAUCUGCUGCUGAAGGAGAGCGGCAGCGUGCCGAAGGGCACGAGCUUCGACCAGUAUCCGGCGCCGGGCGGGCGCCGCACGACCCCGUCCGACCUCAAGUCGCUGUUCCGCCCGUUCCACAUGAACCGGAUGGAGAACGUGAGCAUACUGUUCGCGGACAUCGUCGGCUUUACGCGCAUGUCGUCGACCAAGACGGCGGAGCAGCUGGUCGAGAUACUGAACGAUCUGUUCGAGCGGUUCGACGACCUGUGCCUGGUGAACGGGUGCGAGAAGAUAUCGACGCUCGGCGACUGCUACUACUGCGUGUCGGGGUGUCCCGAGCCCCGCCCGGACCAUGCGAUCUGCUGCGUCGAGAUGGGGCUCGGCAUGAUCGAGUCGAUACGGGUGUUCGAUGCGCAGCGGAACGAGGGCAUCAAGAUGCGGGUCGGCGUGCAUACGGGCACGGUACUGUGCGGGAUCGUCGGCACCAAGCGGGUCAAGUUCGACGUGUGGAGCAACGACGUCACGCUUGCUAACCGCAUGGAGUCGAGUGGGAAACCGGACCAGGUGCACGUGUCGGAGGAAACCUGCGGCUUCCUGGGCGAUUCCUACAUCAUCGAGGAGGGCGAGGAGGUGGACGGCCACCGGACGUACUUCGUGCUCGGCAAACGGCUGGACCUGGUCGGCUCGAUCACCGAGGGGCUGUCCAGCAUCGGGCUGCCGGUCGACCUGAACCUGCUCGGCGCGUCGUCCCCGUCGCCGCUGGACGAGCUGCGCGACUACGCGACCAGCGAGGAGCACCCGGAAAGCUCGUGCCUGUCGCGCAGCGCCACCAACCUGUCCAGCAUCCAGCCGGCCGUCCCGCCCGCCUCCCCGGCCGGGCCCGUCUUUUUCUCCUCGCUGCACGCGUCCCCCGUCUCGACGCCGCGGCCCCGCAUCGCGUCCCUCACCAAGAUGACCAAGUUCCUGCGGUCGGCCGUCAGCAAGGGGGACGGCGGCGGGCGGCUGCUGAACGCGGGCCGCACCCCGCCCGCCCCGCCGCCGGUGGUCGAGAAGCCGAAAAUCAUCAUCAGCACCAAAUCGAUCUCAAACGGUUUCGAUUCCGACGACGACGACGACGACGGCGACGACCGAGGCGGUGGCGGUGGCUGCAACGAAGAUGACGAGCUGGUGGGAAUGGGUGCAGGUGCGGGUCGUGGCAGGGCGCGAUCACCGGCCAGCCCGCGCCAAUCGAUGACGCAGGAGGCGCCGCCCACGACGCUGGCGAUGCUCAACGAGCGAAGAAAGCAAGAGGGAGGUGGUGAGGCGGGCGUGGGGCAGCGCAAGCCACCGGGCAAGGUGCUGAAGGUCGGCGCGCCCGAACCGGACUGCGGCAGAAUCUGUGAUAGUAGCAAGAGCUGUGACGACGAUGUGCCAUGUAUUGAGCGGAUGGGCAGCAGCAGCAGCAAUAGCGCCAGCAAUAACCAGAACAUCACCAACGGGUGCUACCAGCACGUGCCGAUCGUGAUCGUGACGCCGCGCCCGAGCUGCCACACGCUCGACGUCGCCAAUGGCGGUACCCCCGCCCCGCCAGCAUCCGGCGCACCGACCGCGAGCGGCAGCUGCAGCGCGGCGCGGUCCCGUGACUGUGGCAAGGGACCAACGGUGGGGGAGAAUCCGCACGCCAGCCAAGGCUCCGUGUUUGACGAGAUCAUCGACGUGCGGUCGUACAUUUCGCAGUCGCGCAGCGACAUUUCGCCGUUCGCCCGCACCGGCAGCUACCGCUCCCAGGCGGACCGCUCGUCCAUCAUCCACGAGAUCGCGCUGUCGGCGGGUGCGCCCGGGGGCAGCAAUAGUGGCACGUUCGGGCGACCCCGCAGCUCCACCAUCACCACCACGCACCAUCACACGUGCAGCGAGGCGCACCAGCACGUCCGGCACGGUUCGGUCGUGGUGUGCCCGAGCUCCUCGCGACUCCUCGGAGCGGACGGCGCGAGCCUCUCGCCAUCGGCGACGUCCCGCAAGGACUCGGGCAUCCGGUCGAACAGCCGCCGGUCCAGCAUCCAGCACCAGCUCAUGCUCAUGAGCCAAACGGUGGCGCUGUCGGUGCAUCGCGUCUCCGGCUACUUCACCAGCUCCCAGUCCAGCCUGUCCGGUGCGAUCGUGACGUCGGCGGCGGGUGUCCCGCGCGCCCACAAACCGAACGGUAGCAUGCGCGCCGGAACCAUCGCCACUGCUGCCAACAGCGGCGGCGCGGCCGCAGCCGCCGCUCCCGGUUCCCGGUGUUGCAUGGGGCUGAAGGAGCCCCAUCCGGACCCGCUGGCCGCCUGCCUCCAGCAGCUGCGCAAGCAGUCCGACCUGCAGCUGAUCCGCUGCGUGCGCGACAAUGCCCGCUCCCAGCGCAGCUACCUGGUGAAGCCGCCGCUCCUGCCCAUCUCGCUCCGCUUCAAAUCGCGCCCCAUGGAGCAGGAGUUCCGGUCGAAGGCGCACCGGUUCGGCAGCGAGGGCGGCGACCUGCUCGAGGGCGGCAGCCCGCCCACGCUCGCCACCCCGAAGUACAACACCUACAUCGACAUGCUCGUGUCGUUCGUCGUCUACCUGGCGACCUCGACCUCGCUCUUUCUGCUCUCGCCCUCGGUCUAUCUCGAGUCGUACAAGGUGUGGGUGUGCAUCUUCGUCUUCUUCAGCACGGUGCAGCUGUUCGCGCUGUUCAUCUGCACCAAGCAGGUGUGCCGGCGGACGCGCAAACCGACGGUGCGGCGGUCGCGCCCGGUCGCCACCCGCAGCUGCUACGACUGCCUGCUGCAGCUCGCCUCCGCCUGGUACCCGUGGCACAUCUGCGGCGGCAUCCUGAUGUCCCUGCCCGUCAUCUCGAUCCUGUCCAACUUUGCGAUGAUGGACGUGACCAAGUUCCGGGUGUUUGAGUUCCACUACGGCUUCCUGAUGUACAUCUGCAUCGUGCACUUCUGCAACUUUACGCAGCUGAACUGGUGGAUGCGCAACGCGAUGGCGUGCAUCACGUCCGCCGCCUUUGUCGGCAUUGCCGUCGGCCAUAUGGUGGAGCUGCAGGCACUGGAGGUGGCCACGGCGGCGGCGGCGACACUCGGUGCGAACGGGACGGCACUGCUCGCUGCGGGCGGCGGCGGCGGCGACGGCGCCGGCGGCAAUGAAAUGCUGCAUCGCGCACAGUUCGAUUGGUUCAACAACUACCGGGUGGAGAUUUACGUCGAUCUGCUGCUGCUGCUCGUGCUCGUCUGGUUUCUCAACCGGGAGUUCGAGAUCGGCUACCGGCUCAGCUUUCACGGCAGCGCGGUGGCCAACCAGGACAAGAUCCGGGUGCAGAACAUGAAGAACCAGGCGGACAUGCUGCUGCACAACAUCAUCCCGAAGCACGUGGCGGAGCAGCUGAAGAACACGGCCAAGUACUCGGAGAACCACCACAACAUCGGCAUCAUCUUCGCGAGCAUCGUCAACUUCAACGAGAUGUACGACGAAUCGUACCUCGGCGGCAAGGAGUAUCUGCGCGUGCUGAACGAGCUGAUCGGCGACUUCGACGAGCUGCUGGCCCGGCCCGAGUUCCGCUGCGUGGAGAAGAUCAAAACGAUCGGCAGCACGUUCAUGGCGGCGUCCGGGCUCGACCCGAGCAGCCGGGGGGAAACGUACGAGCAUCUGUACACGCUGCUCGACUUUGCGCUGGCCAUGCAGCAGGUGGUGGAAUCGUUCAACCGCGAUCUGCUCGAGUUUAACCUGAUCAUGCGCGUCGGCUACAACUUUGGCGACGUGACGGCGGGCGUGAUCGGCACGAGCAAGCUGUACUACGACAUCUGGGGCGACGCGGUCAACGUGGCGAGCCGGAUGGACUCGACGGGCGUGGCGGGCCGGGUGCAGGUCGGUGCCGACUGCAUACCGGUGCUCGGCGAGCGGUACGACUUUCAGCCGCGGGGGAAGGUGUACGUGAAGGGCAAGGACCAUAUGGAAGUGUACCUGCUGGUUGGCAAGAAACCGGACCUACUGGGACCACCAGAACUAGAUAUAGAUCCCGUCUGAGCACAAUGGCGCGAUUGCUUUUUUAUUAGUCAUUUACAUACUAUUUGCGCGGGGAGAGUGCUGGCGAAUGGCAAGGGCAAGCGAUGCGUCUGGUACAUCGAAACGGUAUUGUUUUCUUUUAAUUGCGCGAGCGCAAACCGCCGCGGAAAGCAAACAGAGAUAGCUAAGUAGGCAACGGAUAAUAGCUAAAACGAAAUUGAAGGUACAACCGCAUCAACGCAAACGGGUGCGCAAAUGCAAACUCCUCUAGGCUAGGUCGAGAAAGCGAUGUCCAGUGGGCGAACGGUGUAGGUAAGCAACCGCUGAUCAUUAAUCUCUACGGUCUCGAAAGGACAGUGGCAAACGAAAGACGGACAACAGUGCAGGACGAGUACUGCACUGCACUAAUGUAAACGGAUGCACAAGCUACAAGACAAGCGCGAAGGGUGUACACGCGCGCGAUACGGAUGACGCGACGAGUUUGACAAGGGCUUAACGAGUUCGCUGCAGCGUACAGAACGAGCCGCACGGCAAUAUAAUAGAGGCUGUGGCGUAGACAGUUUGUCCAUAACGAUGGCUCCUCAUCCAAUGAAGCCUCAACAAGAAGCUCCACGAAAUGGUUUCUCAAUGCAGCUGACCAAUCAUCUACGCCGACUAUCCUCCAUCCUUUAUAAAACAUACACAGUGGUACGUCACGAGGACAUUGCGUUUAACCCUGCCUACCACACCACACCUGCAUUCCUUCUUGUUGUGUGUGUGUGUGUCUAUCUGUCUGUGUCGCUUCCUGGGUGUGCCUGCAAACGAACAAAAGGAAUUAGUAGUGCAGCGCUUGCAUAUAUUGCUUGUGUCACUGUCGCGAUCUUUGUCGUGCUGUCAGCUGACAGUUACACUAUCUGUGUUAGUUCCACUAUCUGUCGCUAAAGUAGAAACGCUUCGAUACCACUAGAUUCAGAGGGUAUCUGUUUGUUUUGAUUUCGAUAUUUGCCACGGAUUUGCUAUUAAUGAAGGUAGACAGAGCGUGCAGGGCAGGUAGCACAGCGAACAUCUCUUGACAGAUGAUAGAAGCGUCUGGGGAUAGUAAAAAAAAACGCGCCAAACAACAACAACAACAGGAACAGAUAACUGGUAACACUAAAACAACAACCCAAGGAUACUACGUACGUGCCUUCUCUCUUUGGACUAAUUAUACUUUAACUUACUUCCUUGCGCUGUGUUGGGGGGGGGGGCGUGUGUUUGCUGCGUACGCGCACGAACCCAACUUUUUUCUAGUCCCUUUGCGGAAAAAAAGGGGAGAUGAUUGUGCAUUAGGAAGGAUUUCAGAUGGAAAAAGGCUCCAUAGGGAGAAGAACAAAUCAAAGGAAAACGGAAGAAAAAAACAAACAAAAGUGCGAAUCUUGCUCUGUAACACAGGUUAAAUUUAAACGUUUUUUUUUUUGUUGUUUGCAAUAUUUAGUUUAAGAAUCGAUUUCUCGAUAUUAUAGCGUCGCUGGAAGCGCGAGCGAUAGGAAAAGAAAAUGGUGAGGGAGGAGAAGGAGGGGGGGGGGGGGAACCGGCGGCAAAAAGAGCAAGGGUAAAGAUCAACCCUGCGCCUUUCGCCGCGAGGUCCCGGACGUGCCAACCGUGCUGUACAUAGUUUCGUUGCGUUUAAUCGUUUUUGCUUAAUAAUUUAUGAGAUCCCCAGGCCGGGAUUAUUUUAAACUGGCGGGCGGAAAAUGGAUAUUAGUCGAGUUGAGCGUAUGUGUGUGUGUGUGUGUGCGCACCACCACUGUUGAACCGUGUUUUACUCGUGUCGCCUGUAAAGAUUUCAAUCUAUUCUAUUCUUGCCAAAACGAACGAUGAUGGUGUGGUAGUAGCUGGUUAAGGCUUCGUACGUGCGUUUUUUUUUGUGUUUUAAUUAUUAAAUGCCAUUGCUGUUACGUAUAUACGCUACAACUACAUAGAUAUACACCACAUUAAACGUAUAAAAUAUUUAUCUACUAUAUUUUUUAUAUUUUUAAACAAAAAGAAAAGGACCUGUCACGACACACAAGUGGCACUGUGAUCGAAAGCGGUAGGGAACGAGGGAUUUUCGUUCGUUGCGUUUCUUGUUUCUUCGUUUCGUCUCUCCUGUAUUUACGGCACGCGGAACAGAAGCAAGAAAGAGAGAGAGAGAGAGAGAAACGUUAUUACGAUUAUUAGGACGAUUUACAUUUGAAUAUAAUAUAUAUAUAUACAUAUAUACAUACAUAUGGUGCACACGAUAUUUAUCAUUCCCGUUCACGCGUUACGUGUCCCCUACCACACAAAACACAUUAGCGAGGAAGCGUGCUCUUUGCACAUUGCGCGACCAGAAGAGGGAAGGAAUGCAUAUCAAAGAGAGAGAGAGAGAUAGAGAGAGAAAGUUUGAGAGCGAGAGAGAGAGAAAGAUAAAGAAAUCAUUGGUGUCUAGAAGAUGGCAAGGCAAAAUGUUGCGUUUUUAUUUUGUUAAAUAUUAAUCGAGCGUUUAAUAACACUAGCAAGAAGACGCUUAUAGUCAGUGAAAAUGUGAUUGGAACUGUGUGUGUGUGUGUUUGUGUUUGUGUUUGUGUGGUUACCUUUGCAUUAACAUCACAAUCUUUAUACGAACCUUGGGAGGUGAGAGGGCCGAGGGCGUGACAAAACAGCGCCCCGUGGGAUACCUUUUUAAGCAGUACUCUUUAGUAGCAAUGACGAUAACAUCACAACUGUAUUGCGUAUAUGUGUUUGUGUCAGUGUACACGUACGCCUAAGUGUAGUGUCGGUAGUGGCAUCCAAUGCCGCCAUGUUGGCGCUUUACCAUUGCCGAGCAGUUCAAGCGCAGGAUUUUUACAUCGCGCAGGGGAGUGGUGGCCUGAGGAAGAGCGGUGCCCGGGUGGUUGUUUAAUUGUAAUAGUAGUAAUUGUUGUGGUCGUAACACAAUCGCAAUGCUAUUCGCAACUGUGCGCUGUGUCAGAACAAAAAAGCAAUAGGACCAACCCCUCCCCCCUUCCCCAAGCCCUGGUUCCUCAAAAAAUCCAUGGUACUCCCUGGUAAGCAGGAUGGGGAAAAAGUAUUUAAAAAUAAGAGGAAGAAUUAUUGCAGAAAUACUCACCAAUCAAACUAAACAGAUUAGCACGCGAUCCUGCGCGGAUUCCUAUGCGUUUCGAGCAGUUUUCGAGCAGUUUGGAAGUACACGGAUACAUCACAUACAAUCAGCAUUCGUGUCUAAACAAAAAGAAAUCAUAUUUAACUAAUCAAUCGACCAGAAGUUUAACUAACCAACGGACGAAGGCUCCAUUGCCCGACGAAUGGCCGAGGGUCGGGCAAACUAAAGCGUCGUUUUUAAAAUGUGCCACCGGCGCGCUCUUUAAACCGUUCAUCCGGCACCGGUUUGACUUUUACAGAAUAUCAGAUUUCAGCAGCAGUAGCGCUGCAGUUAGCAGACACGGGAUGGAGUUGGACGGUACAGUAAGAUACAUACAUUGGACUCAAAAUAUUGUUAUCUCUUUACAAGCAAAAGGGUACAAACAAACCCACAUACGCAGACACACAUAAACGCACGCCGAUUAGGAGCAGUUACUGCAGAAAAAUAUUAAAUGUGAUCGAGUAUUAACGGAAACAGGCCGUCACAGCUGUAGCUGGUGUUGGUUUCAGUUUGUUUGUGUGUGUAUGUGUGUCUGUGUGUGUUUGUGUGCAGAAGCUGGGUUAAAAGCGAUAGAAUGAGAACGAGGGAGCGACAGACAGGUUACAAAAGGGUCCUAUUUAAAACAAAACACUACUAAAGCAUCGCUAAAGUAACUCGUAAGCUAACGUGGUAACAGAAAAUACAAAGUCAAAAACUGCAGAAACUAAAUAUAUCCACAACGACUAA